CCGUGGAUGACUUUAUUGGAGUAGUGUGUACGGUUUGUAGCCAUAGCAACGUCUGACACCACCCGGAGCAGAGCGCACCGAGCCGCGGGUCCACGCUGCUAAAUCAUCCGCUAAACCAGUCGAUCGAUGGAUCAGACGCAUCGGUAGCGGAUACUCGCGUCGAACUGCAAAAUGUGAACGACGUCGAGUUCGUAUGGCGUCUGGCGAUGACAUUUCGAGUGUCUCCACCGCCUUCUAAGAGGAGCUCGGGUUGCAGCCCGAAGCGCUGCGAGUCGCUCGGUGACGUCAAAGCGAUGAUCAAGACCUCGAGGGACGCGAGCUUGCUGCCAGAGCGGAGUAAAUUGCCAUACAUUCCCAGUUUAGCCAAGUCGACGGACGGAGCGUGCCGCCGUGUUAACGGUUUUGCAAAUUUAACCAAAAGUCUCCUAGCGACAAAAGGACAAGAGGCCGGCGGGAGUCAUUUUCUGUUUGACAAAACAUAUGAUCAUAUACAACGGACCGGAACCCUGAUCCCGCCUCUGCCAAAGAACUAUCACGUGCACCGGACCGGAAAACUGCAGCCUAUUGGCGCCCCCCAUGGGCAAGGCCGGCCCCUCUCCCUGAGCUCCUGUGAAGGCUACAGCCUCGGCACUAACCCAACGUUCCUCUUACCCUCUGCGUUGGUCCUCAACAAGAGGAACACCCUCUCCGUGGACCACUGCCUGUUAAACAGGCCUAAAGGGAAUCAACGCACCUACAACCUGUUGACCAUCAAAGACAUUCAAAAAGGUCAGGGGUCGUUCCCGGACCCUGUGGCAGGGGCCCCGUACCCCUUCCUCCAGAGGGUCUCUGAGCUGGUGGCUCUGGAGGGGGACACGGCCCGGCAGGAGAAGCUGGUGAAGAUGACUAAGAACAGAAAGCAGGAGUCCUGAUGAGCCCACAACAUCAUCUCAGAGGAAACCCCUAGAGUAGAACCACCUCGUCUUCGAGGGGACCUCAUCGGUGAAUCCACGGGUCCAGGAUCCAAACAUCUCCCAUGGUGCCAAAGUUAUACAGACUUUUAUCGGUUGCGUCAGUUUCCUGCGUCAGUGUAUUGAUUUAUACUUUCUGUUCCUCGAUAGUGUUUGCCGACAACAGUGAAGUCUGCUCUUUAUUUCAGGUAUAAGUUGUCAGUAUUUCCCUUCUGUUAUCUAAAAUUGUUCUUGAUCAUUCUUGCGCAUCCCCUGAAAGAAAUAGCACAUAUUUACUUCAAAACUGUCUGUGUAUCAGUAUCUACAUUGGAUUGCAAGUCUGGCACAUCAACAGACUGGCUUUUCUAUCCCAUUUUGGCCCAGUUAGCAUUUUGGGCCAAAAUGCUAACUGGCUUUCCAGUAUUUGGCAUUUAUUCACAUUGAAACAAUAAAUGUAUUGUGGAGUUUU